AUGAUCGGAAUCCCAACGAUUGAAGAUCAAACAGCAGAAACAUCUGAUCUUGAGCGUGCACGAAAAAGUGAAAAAAGUCUGGUGAUCGAUGUCCGGCUCAAGCAAGAAUUCAACGAAGGAAUCAUCGACGCGAAGAACUGGUUGAACAUUCCACACUACGAAAUUCGCAAAUUUUUCAACCUCUCCGACGACGACUUCCAGAAGCAUUUCAAAAGAGUAAAGCCAAGCGAGAGCACCGAAAUAAUACUGUAUUGCCGCGAUGGGCGCCGCGCUCAGGACGGGGCAAUGGCGCUCUUUGAACUCAAUUACAGGCAAGCGAAGAACUACUUUGCCGGAUUAAAUGGCUGGAUCAAAGAAAACCGCCCUGUCAAACGAGUUGUAUGA